AUGCGCAUGUGCAUAGACUACCGUGAGCUGAAUAAAGUAACGAUUAAGAACAAAUACCCGCUACCUCGGAUUGAUGAUUUGUUUGAUCAACUCCGAGGCGCGACUGUAUUCUCUAAGAUCGAUUUACGGUCCGGGUAUCAUCAGCUCAAGGUAAAGGGGGAAGAUAUUCCUAAGACAGCCUUUAGGACUCGUUAUGGACAUUACGAGUUCUUGGUUAUGUCUUUUGGUCUUACUAACGCGCCAGCCGCGUUUAUGGACUUAAUGAAUAGGGUCUUCAAGGACUACUUGGAUAAAUUCGUCGUUGUGUUCAUCGACGACAUUUUAAUUUACUCCAAGGAUGAAGUGGAGCACGAGGAACACUUGAGGAUGAUUUUGACGCGAUUGAAGGAGCACCAACUCUACGCGAAGUUCAAGAAAUGCGAGUUUUGGCUCUCACAAGUGGCGUUCCUCGGGCACAUCAUAUCGAGAGACGGAGUUGCAGUAGAUCCAUCGAAGGUAGAGGCCGUGAAGGAUUGGCCUAGACCAAAGAACGCGUCGGAAGUAAGAAGCUUCUUAGGGCUAGCAGGUUACUAUAGAAAGUUUGUAGAUGGCUUUUCUAAGAUAGCCACUCCACUCACCAACCUGACCCGGAAGCAACAAAAGUUUAACUGGAAUGAUAAGUGUGAGGAAAGCUUCCAGUUGCUUAAGGAUAAGCUUUGCUCAACACCAGUACUUAGUGUCCCAACACCCAACGACAAGUUCGCAAACGUAGUUGCCGAUGCACUUAGCCGAAAAAGUUAUGGGAACUUAGCAGCCUUAUCCGGAAUAGAAAAGCCACUACAGCAGGAAGGAUCGUGGAACAAGUACUUGCCGCUGAUCGAGUUCUCGUACAACAACAGCUACCAGUCGACGAUCGAGAUGGCACCUUAUGAGUUGCUAUAUGGAAGAAGGUGUCGAUCACCGUUGCACUGGGACGAGGUAGGAGAAAGGCAGCUUCUAGGGCCCGAAGCUGUUAGACAAGCACAAGAAGCAGUAACGCUUAUUAGACAGCGUAUGCUUAUGCGCAUGUGCAUAGACUACCGUGAGCUGAAUAAAGUAACGAUUAAGAACAAAUACCCGCUACCUCGGAUUGAUGAUUUGUUUGAUCAACUCCGAGGCGCGACUGUAUUCUCUAAGAUCGAUUUACGGUCCGGGUAUCAUCAGCUCAAGGUAAAGGGGGAAGAUAUUCCUAAGACAGCCUUUAGGACUCGUUAUGGACAUUACGAGUUCUUGGUUAUGUCUUUUGGUCUUACUAACGCGCCAGCCGCGUUUAUGGACUUAAUGAAUAGGGUCUUCAAGGACUACUUGGAUAAAUUCGUCGUUGUGUUCAUCGACGACAUUUUAAUUUACUCCAAGGAUGAAGUGGAGCACGAGGAACACUUGAGGAUGAUUUUGACGCGAUUGAAGGAGCACCAACUCUACGCGAAGUUCAAGAAAUGCGAGUUUUGGCUCUCACAAGUGGCGUUCCUCGGGCACAUCAUAUCGAGAGACGGAGUUGCAGUAGAUCCAUCGAAGGUAGAGGCCGUGAAGGAUUGGCCUAGACCAAAGAACGCGUCGGAAGUAAGAAGCUUCUUAGGGCUAGCAGGUUACUAUAGAAAGUUUGUAGAUGGCUUUUCUAAGAUAGCCACUCCACUCACCAACCUGACCCGGAAGCAACAAAAGUUUAACUGGAAUGAUAAGUGUGAGGAAAGCUUCCAGUUGCUUAAGGAUAAGCUUUGCUCAACACCAGUACUUAGUGUCCCAACACCCAACGACAAGUUCGCAAACGUAGUUGCCGAUGCACUUAGCCGAAAAAGUUAUGGGAACUUAGCAGCCUUAUCCGGAAUAGAAAAGCCACUACAGCAGGAAGGAUCGUGGAACAAGUACUUGCCGCUGAUCGAGUUCUCGUACAACAACAGCUACCAGUCGACGAUCGAGAUGGCACCUUAUGAGUUGCUAUAUGGAAGAAGGUGUCGAUCACCGUUGCACUGGGACGAGGUAGGAGAAAGGCAGCUUCUAGGGCCCGAAGCUGUUAGACAAGCACAAGAAGUAGUAACGCUUAUUAGACAGCGUAUGCUUUUUUACUGGUCUGAUUCCCAUUAUCUGCAAUUGCUGUCAAAUCAACAGUAA